GGGCUUGACACUGGCCUUCACCUGCAGGACAGGGACAUGUUCUCUGGGCCUGUGGCCAUGGAGCUGAAGGUGUGGGUGGAUGGCAUCCAGCGAGUGGUCUGUGGGGUCUCGGAGCAGACCACCUGUCAGGAAGUGGUCGUGGCACUAGCCCAAGCUAUAGGCCAGACGGGCCGUUUUGUGCUCGUGCAGCGUCUCAGGGAGAAGGAACGGCAGCUGCUGCCCCAGGAGUGUCCAGUGGGUGCCCAGGCUACCUGUGGACAGUUUGCCAGUGAUGUCCAGUUUGUCCUGCGGCGGACAGGGCCCAGCCUCACUGGGAGGCCUUCCUCUGACAGCUGCCCACCCCCUGAGCGCUGCCCAAUCCGCGCUAGCCUUCCCCCAAAGCCGAGACCAGCACUGGGCCGUGAUCCCCACAAAGCACUGACCUUCAGCCUGGGGAGCCCCAGGCUGGUCUCCAGCCCAGUGCUGCCUGAGCCUGUGGCCUCUGUAGCACCAAUGCCAGGCUGCUGCGAAGACCUGCAGGACCUGGAGUGGAGGGUGCAGAGGAACGCAGCAGAGCUGGGCCAGGAGGCCUUCUGGGAGCAGGAGCUGCGGCGGGAGCAGGCACGGGAGCGUGAGGCGCAGGCCCGGCUGCAGGCACUGAGCGCUGCCACCGCUGAGCAUGCUGCCCGCCUGCAGGCCCUGGAUGCCCAGGCUCGUGCCCUGGAGGACAAGCUACAUCUGGCCGCAGAGGCCCCUGGGCCCCCUUCACCUACAGCAUCUGCCACAGAACGCCUGCGCCAGGACCUGGCCGCCCAGGAGCGGUACAGUGCAGAGGUGCAAGGCAGCUUGGCCCUGGUGAGCAGGGCUCUAGAGGCUGCAGAGCACGCCCUGCAGGCCCAGGCCCAGGAGCUUGAGGAACUGAACCGGGAGCUGCGUCAGUGUAACCUGCAGCAGUUCAUCCAGCAGACGGGGGCCGCCCCCGGCACACAGGAUCUCAUGUCUCCAGCCAGAGGAAAGCCCCUCCCAGGAGCCCCCCGGAGCCCUGCCCUAGUGUCCAGUCUGAGCCCAGAGGUUGGCCCCAUGAGGCAGAACUGGAGGUAGCAGCACCUGCCUUGGAAUGAAUGUCCACUGCCAGCCCAGUCCGGGCUCUGACAACACAGCGAGGGCAGCCAGGGUCAGCCCAUCCUGGGUGACAGAGGAAGAAUCGGCGGUCAUAGAGGAAUCAUGCCCCCAUGCCAUUGGAAGCCCUCAGGCCCUGUGCCCAGGACACAACACCUCGGAACUCUGGGGUCUCUGCUGCGGAGGCAGGGGGAAGCUGAGGACUCUCACCCUGGUGCUUGCCAUGUCUGCCAAGCCCCUGGAGAAGCUUGGGUUAUGGCCAGCUCAGAACUUGCUGGCCCCAAAGCCCACAGCUCUUUGUUGGUGACAGGAGAUGAGUGGGUGCUGUUUUCAGUCUGUGGGUGUGUGCUUGUGUGUGGGAGGUAUCCUUCAGUACCUUUAUAUUUGUGUGUGAGCGUGUGAGUGUGUGUGUGAGUGCUGCCCCCUUACCUCGACACUAAAACCUCAGUAAACUGCCUGCAGUGGCUUGAGUGUGUCCUGAGGCGGCACUAGACAGGGUGUAUGGGUUCUAACACUUGA